CCCGCGGCCCCGGGUCGCGGACACCAAAGCAGCGCUUCGAGGGCUCAGUAUGACGUCGCGGGUCAAUACACCGCCAGCAACGCGUACGUGGGUGACGCGCUGGGGAGUGGUUUAAGAACGGAGGGGUGUCCGGCUGGGAGGUGGGCUUUGGGUAUCCAAUUGAUUGCUUUGCGUGUUUGAUUGCUUGGUUGAUUUGGCCGCUGUACUGAGUUUGUUGCUGCGCUCGAUUCACUGCUGCUCACUGCUGUACUCGGUUCACUGCUACACUAAGUCCAGCUAUACUCAGUUCCUGCUACACCCAUUUCCCGCCCCACUCAAUCCACUGCUGAAGUGUUUAUCAUGUCGACGGCCGCUAUAUUCACGGCCUACGCAUACGGCACGGCGUUCUGGUACGCGCUGCGCGGCGGCUGCCGCGUCUGGGAUCCGUUGAUGGUCGCUGGGUGGUUCCGCCCCCCCGCCCAAGCAACCCAGUCCCCCACCGACCUGGAACUGUACAACAUCCACACCGACGGCUGGUGCCUGAUUACGCUUGCGCUGAUCCUGGUCUCUGCUGUACCUUCCCUGAGCCCAUCAUCCUCAACCCUGAGCUCAGCGUCCUCAGCGCCGUACGCGUACGCAAGGUGGUUGGUUGCGGCGACGGUGUUUCAUCACGUGGCCACGGGGUACGGCGCGUGGCAGCACUACAAGCUAGACACCCAUUAUAAUACGAGUAUGGGGAUUGGGGUGUGGGGGAAUGUGUGGUUGGCCGCUACGGGGGCGGUGACGCUGGGGUGUUUGUGUUUGGUUGGGGGGGGAGGGGUGGGGGAGAGGAAGAUGAAGUAG